AUGUCGCAGACGUGGGACCGCCCUCCAAUCCCUAUCCACACCCUCCACACUUCACACGCCGUCCGUCGGAUUUCAUGGCGGCCCUCCCGGCCGACCGAACUCGCCGUCGUCCCGCUGUAUCAGCCCGCCGGUGCUGGAUCCGAUACCGAAGGAGACUCAUCAGGGGACGACGACGGCCACAUCGAGAUAUGGGAUGUCCGGCGGCACUACAUCGCCAAGUAUGCCCUGCCGAGCCUGGAAGGCGCAGCGGUCGAUGUUGCUUGGGGCGACGAUCCGCUCUCGCUCGUCACUGCCUUUCAGAAUGGUGUGCUGUCGCAGUUGGACACGAGAGAUCGGACGAUCCCACUCGAGGGGGUGCCGCGGCAGGUGGUAGCGUGGAGUUCGCACGGCGAGGUCGCGUACGGGCUGGACAGGUUCAAAGCUGGCGAAAUACCUUUCGACGAUCUGAAACCAGAAUACGCCAAUCAUUGGGACAAGGUCGGACAGCGUCCCAAAGCUGUCUCGGACCCGCGAUAUGACCCUCUCCAAGCUGUCGGUUUCACCCAAAUCCCCCAUUCCGACCCGGACGAAUUCAUCUACCUCGCGCAGCAAUACCGGAUCGAGGGGGAUUCGCCGGAAGACCUAUGUCGGUGGAAUGCGGAAAUCGCCGAGGUCUGCGGACGGAGGGAUGAUGCCAGAAUAUGGGGGUUCCUCCGUGCGCUCGUCGAGGAGUUUGCGCCUCCGCCACCCGUCACGCCCAAAACUGGCUCUCGGACUUUUGACGAGGAGAUCUUCUCGCAUCCACUGCCAUCCGCGCCGGACAGGGCGCCGUCACCGGUCAGUACCUCGCCAAGAGGUGGGAGCUUUGAGCUGCCUAGCCCGGGUCAGCGGUCCCAGGCGCUCUCGUCCUCGUAUAGCAGUCGGGGCGAGGCGAUCCGUCUUAACCGGCUGGAUGAUGGAGAGGGGGAGGAUGCGGAGCGUAUAGAGGAGCUACUCGACUCACCUACACCGGCGGCAUUUAGAUCCAACAAGGUCAUCUCGUUCGCGCCACCCGAUAAUGAGGUUCGGAGGCUAAGCGAAGCUCGCACAUCCGUAUCUACCGUCGUUCCUGGUCGGUCCUCCACCGCUACCGUCGUUCCAUUGACCGUAUCACGGCCUACGACAUCCACCUCGACCCCUAACCGCGUCAAGUCGCCAGAACCCGCACCCCCCAGACACAAGAAACGGGCUGCUCAUACCUCCGCUUCUUCCACCUACUCUGACUAUCCAGAUCCAUACGGGAUCUCCGCCCCUGCUCCGAGCAGUACCAGCCAAUCCACCAGCUCCAAGAUGACCACGCGGGAGCCGCGGAAAUCUAGCGGGUCGAUCAAGCCCGAUACGACUUCGACGCCGAUCAAGAGGGACUUUGCGGCCAAGCGGCCCGCCGUGGUGGCGGUCCGGACGAAAGCAAAGGCGGGAAAGGACGACAAGGCGGAUAAGGAGAUGGAAGUGUACAAGGCGGAAAGGUGUAGGCCGCUGAUGACCUGGUGGGAGGCAUCACUUGAUGAGGGUGAUGUCCAGCUCGCUGCUACCCUCCUCAUCGUCGGUACAUCCACCAUGACAUUUCCGCCCAAACGAUCCGAGCGAGUCGUGCACUCCUACAUCGCAGACAUGCUCGACCGAGCCCACCUCCCCCUCCAAUCCGCCUACAUCCGAAAGUACGCUCAGAUCCUCUCGCUCGAGGUCUAUGCCCAAGAUAGCGGGAUCACCCAUAUUGCCCAUUGUCAGCGGUGUCGCAAGUCCACUGGCAGCCUGGAAGAUAUUGGGGUCAAGGGCAAACGAUUCUGGUGGUGUCGGCGAUGUAGGCUCGCAGCAAGGAUUUGUGUCAUAUGUCGACAAGGUGUCAAAGGUCUUUGGAUGAGCUGCGGUCGGUGCGGACAUGGGGGCCAUCACAAGUGUAUGAGGAUGUACUACCGUACGUCCCUAUUCCGAGGUUCUGCGCGAUGCGCUACGGAGCUGACGAUGUAG